GGCUAUUGCACUGGGAUUUGUUUGGCAUGCCUCAAAUCCCAAAUACAAUAAUACUUUCCUCUCACUGUGACAAAGAGAAUCUUAAAUUCUUCAUCCGUUAUUAUUUUAUUUUUGCAGCCUAUACUUAAUUCGGAAUGUGAAGAAGAGGUGUUGUUUCCUCCAAGUAAGCUGUGGUUGGAGACUUGGAGUGGGUUUGAGCAGAUAAUUUGUCGUGUUACUCUCACCUGGAGGAGUUUGGAGUUCUUCCAUUCUUCCCUUUUUCUUCUUCUUCUUCUUCUUCUUCUUCUUCUGAGUAUCAAAGUACUGCUGUUGGUUCAUCUUACCAACUGAUGAGACUCCAGAGGUGUAGGAGCUAUUACUAGGGGUUGUAUGCUGUCAUCUUAUAAAUAUUCAAGGUGGAGGUGCAUAUAUGAAGAAUACUUCUCUGGAUUGAAACGAGAACAAGUCGAGUUGCUCAUUCUGAUUUUUCUCGUGAAUAACACGGUCGGGAAAAGGGAGAAAAUUAAAAGGACUGAUUGGAGUUCAGAUGGAGAGGAUUCUGAGGCCUUAUGAUAAGGAAUCCAUGAAAAUGGUCAUGCUAAAGCAUGAAAAGACAUUCAAAGAGCAGCUAUAUGAACUCCAUCGUCUAUAUCAGAUUCAGAAGAUGUUAAUGAACAACGUGAAAAGCAGUACUGGGCCUGCUAGAUAUGGAUCAAACAGAUGGAAUGUAGAGAAUGACAACAAUGUGAGUCGGGUUAAUUAUAGUCGUAAAGAACAACAGAAGCCACGAAGGCGACUUGACCUGGAACAACCAGCUGCCGAAGACUGCAAUGUGGACGAAAGUGGAGGAGGAGAUGGAGUGCUAGAGAAGGAAGAUGAAAGUGAUAUUGAGCUAACUUUGGGCCCCACGGUUUACAAUCUAAGGAAAAAAGACGAGGCACCACUAACUUCAGAUUCUGGACCAAGUUUUUCUUCUUCUUCCACUGAAUCAAGUCAUAUGAAGAGGACAAAUACUGGGACCCAAAACGGGAUUUAUACAACAGAAGAGCUAACAGGCCACAAGUGGGGGCUCGUUCAACUUCCUGACACGCAUUCAAGUUUCCAAAGCCAAAGGAAGAACACUUUUGGUGUUGAAGAACAUAUGAGACAAGAGAAACUAAACAUGAACAGGCCUCCUUGGCUUUACCAUGUUUUCAGCCUGAACCUGACUUAGGCAUGCUUGUUGGUUUAAGCUGUUUCUGAUCAACUAAUUCAUGACUGCUGUUUGUGUGAAGUUUUUUCUUUUUCUUUUUUUUCUCUUUUCUUUCAGCUUCCACCGUAGUGGAUGAUGAAGUCUUUAAAAAGAAAAAGGGAUAGAAGCUUAGCAAGAUAUAUAUAAUUGCAAGUGUAUUUCAAUCAAAUUCAAAUUUGAAAUCUCAAGUACCCCAUUACUGUGCA